AUGAUUGAGUGGUACGUACUGUCGCGAGAGGCAGCAAUCUUGGAGCCUUGUCACCAGUCACCAGCAACGCAGCUCAGGGAGAGGGCUGGGAGCAUUGUGUUGGAGGACAAUGAAGAGGAGCCGUUUAAGGUGGUUCGUGAGUUUUCGGACUAUGCCUUCAUGAGCAUUGUUGGUUGGCACCUGUUUGAGCUGAUUGGGAGUCGUGCUUCUGCAGGGGAGGAUCGUGAUACUGAUCCGUUGGAUCCUUACUCGCUGGUGAUGGGCGACAGGACAGGCAGCGCAGCAACUACAAGAAAUACCACGGCAGCAGCUGCGGCAGGAGCAGCAGGUGACCCGAGGAGAGAGCUUGGGCAACAGCUAUUUGAUGCCAUGAAAGAUUUUGUUUUGGCUCAGAGGGAAUCUGCCCGUGGAAGCCACAGCUACUUGAAUAUUAUUGGAAGAUAUGAUAACAUCAGAGUGGGCCUGGCGAAAAUGACAAGUCGGCACAACAACUCAGGUAUUCUGGCGGAUUACAUGAGUCAGGUGUCGAAGUUCGGUACACUGGGCCGGUACGCCAUAGGCUAUUGCAUGAAUUUCCAGAGUUUAUGA